UUGCAGCAAAACAGCUCCAAUUUUGGCAAAGCGCUUAUUCGAAGUGAAAGUAACACUAUAACUACAGAUUUAGUAGUAGUAUCUCCAUCGAAAACACAUGUGAGUCGAACAGGUUUAACUGUCCCUCCUCCUGAGCCACCAGUGGAUUACUACGAAAAUAGCAUAAGUUGCAGGGGUGAUGGAAGGAAUUCAAGUUCACAUCACACUGUUUCAGUUAGCAAUUCAUUGUCAUUUAUUUUUGCUUCAAUCAAGGUUUUAAACUCGGAUGUUUUGAUGGUUGGAUCACGUCGUUCACCUCAUCGUCAAACUGUAACUAAGAAAACUCGAGUGUACGUUGUUGAUGGUAUACAGAUGACAUCAACUUCGCAUCAGGUGUUCGGUGUCAAACAAGAUUAUGAAUUAAGCCUCAUUCCACGGUACUACAUAUCACUUACUGGUGACUGGAAACAACAGUUGCAUGAAUUACGUCGGCUGCAGCGCGAGGAAGCUCGUCAGCAACGUGAAUUGAAUGCAAAAGCAGAAGCGUUACGAAAUGAGCAAAUGAAGCGUUUCGCUAUCGACAAGGAAAAUAUCUAUAAGAAAGCAGAUAUUGAAUUGCAGUCCUUAGCUAGAACGCAAAAGAGGCACUUGAAAGAUUGUGAAGAAAUACAUAAUGAAGAUUUGAAACAAGUGAUAAAAAGAAUGCAGAGUGAUCAGGAACGAGAACUACGACUUUUUCGUGAGGAACUGAAACAGGAACAACGUGAUUUAAAAAUGGAAAUAGAUAUGAUUCCUAAAGCUAAACGUAAAGAUUCUUACCGUAUACGAAAGGAACAACUUGAUAAAGAGCAACAGAAUAGGGAGAUAAAUUUCAUUGCCGAACAACAGUCCGACCAAACUACCCGCUUAACACGUGUGCAAAUAGAUCACAAAAUGAAAAUUUUACAGAUGGAAAAAAAUUUCCUGCAACAGAAACAUACCAUUUUGAGAUCACGUGAAGCCUCAGAAUGGGAUCUGGAAGAGAAGCAGUUGGCAGAGCGUCAUCUUCUCAACAAGCAAGAAUUAAAAGAUCGCUUCUAUCUGCAAAGAAGUCAAAUGUUUGCCCGGCACCAACGGGAAUUGGAUCAUAUGCGUCGAGUGAAUGAAAUGGAUGAAGAAGAACAAGUACGAUUGUAUGCUAAUUUCAAGAAACGUUUACCAAAGGAUUUUCGCACUGAAUCUAAAACUCGUAUUGCCAUGUUUAAAGAAAGUCUACGUAUUUCCUGUCAGAAUGAUGAUCCUGCAACACUAAAUGAUAAGAUACGAGCAUUUGAAGAAAAAGAAAAACACCGAGUUCGAAAUGCUUUAGAAGAACAUGACAGUAAAUAUGCUCGAAAAUUGAAAGAGCUUAGAGAAAAAAAUGCAACAGCAAUGAAAGAACUGGAAGAAAUUCAUAGUGAAAAACGAAAAAUGUUGCUGGAAGCAGAGCAGAAUAAAAUGGAAAUUUAUGAAAAGGAAUAUGAGCAAGUAAUAAUAGAUUGGAAAGCUGGUUUACCUAUCAGAAAACAGGCUUUGGAAGCGGAGUUAGGUCGAGAGCUUGAUGAAGUGGAUGCAUUUUACAAAAAGGAAAGUGCUCAAUUGGAAAAAUUAUCUGCAUCUAUUACUCCAUCUGGUUCUGUUUCAAGUUAG